AUGGGGAUUGAAAGAUUUAUAUACAAGCCACAGGACAAGAGACUAGUGUUGUUGUUGUUAAAAGACAGUAUUCCAAGUGUUUCCUACGAUGAGGAUGACACACGAGUGUACAUGGUGAGAUGUCCUUUGCAAUACAAAUCAUUCAUAGAGAAGCUACUACAUCAGAACCCUACUGUGGUACUCCAAUAUCAGUCACUAACAGAGCUAUGCCAAUUGCUUAAUUUACUCCGUCCUUUAGAACGAGGUGGUCCCUCGGUUAUAGUUUCGGUGGAUGCCGACUCUGAGAUUUCGACCAAGUCGAUAAUAACAUUCCAACUUGUGCGAUAUUUAUGCCAGAAGCAUCAUUGUGAUUUGAUCUCAGUAAACCAGAUGUCAUUAUAUGACGUAACCAAUCUCGAUCUCCCCGUCAAGCCUACUUAUGAGGAGUCAGAUGGUCUUGUUUUAUCGAUACCGAAAUCAUGGGACACCUGGAGCAAGAUUGUACUACACGGCAAGUCUGUUGCAUUGGAUGAGCCAGGGAUUAUACGGAGUGAGGAAACCCUUCACCAAAUUGAUGAUGAGUAUAGCUCUACAGGAAAUGCUACCAUGUUUGAUAAUUAUCUAGAGAAGUAUACCAGCCUGGGAAAACAAGAAGAAGCCCUUGAAGUACCUAAAACUUUGCAUGAGUUUGUUGAAGCUGUAUUUAGUUAA